GUUUGGGGCCCGCAGCUCUCCACCCUGUGUCGUGUCCUGGGUUGCGGCGGCCCUGGAUCCGGCGUCAGGGCAGACCGGGCGGACGAGGUGGAACCAGAGUCGGCACUAUGAAGGCACUGAUCUUGGUGGGCGGAUAUGGGACGCGGCUGCGGCCGCUGACGCUGAGCACCCCGAAACCACUGGUGGAUUUCUGCAAUAAGCCCAUCUUGAUGCACCAAGUGGAGGCGCUGGUCGCGGCAGGCGUGGAUCACGUGAUCCUGGCCGUAAGUUACAUGUCUCAGGUGCUGGAGAAGGAAAUGAAGGCGCAGGAGCAGAGGCUGGGAAUCCGAAUCUCCAUGUCCCAUGAAGAGGAGCCUUUGGGGACAGCUGGACCCCUGGCGCUGGCCCGCGACCUGCUCUCUGAUACUGCAGACCCUUUCUUUGUCCUCAACAGUGAUGUGAUCUGCGAUUUCCCCUUCCAAGCCAUGGUGCAGUUCCACCAGCACCACGGCCAGGAGGGCUCCAUCCUGGUGACUAAGGUGGAAGAACCUUCCAAGUAUGGUGUGGUGGUGUGUGAGGCUGACACAGGCCGCAUUCACCGGUUCGUGGAGAAGCCGCAGGUGUUUGUGUCCAAUAAGAUCAAUGCAGGCAUGUACAUCCUGAGCCCUGCGGUGCUGCAGCGCAUCCAGCUGCAGCCCACGUCCAUUGAGAAGGAGGUCUUCCCUGUUAUGGCCAAGGAGGGGCAGCUAUAUGCCAUGGAGCUGCAGGGCUUUUGGAUGGACAUUGGGCAGCCCAAGGAUUUCCUCACUGGAAUGUGCCUCUUCCUGCAGUCACUGAGGCAGAAGCAGCCUGAGCGACUGUGCUCAGGCCCUGGCAUUGUGGGCAACGUGCUGGUGGACCCAAGUGCCUGCAUUGGCCAGAACUGCAGCAUUGGCCCCAAUGUGACUCUGGGUCCUGGUGUGGUGGUAGAGGAUGGUGUGUGCAUCCGGCGGUGCACAGUGCUACGGGAUGCCCACAUCCGCCCUCACUCCUGGCUUGAGUCCUGCAUUGUAGGCUGGCGCUGCCGUGUUGGCCAGUGGGUAAGCCUGUGGGCUGGGACAGGUAGGGAGCGGACAGGGAAUGCACCUGCUUCACUGGUAAGGCCUAUUCUCUCACCCAAGGUGCGCAUGGAGAAUGUGACAGUGCUGGGUGAGGAUGUCAUAGUUAACGACGAGCUCUACCUCAACGGAGCCAGUGUACUGCCUCACAAAUCUAUUGGCGAAUCAGUACCGGAGCCUCGCAUCAUCAUGUGAAGGGAUGCCAUGGGGCUGGCCAAACCCCUAUUUCCCCCAUCGGCAAGAUCACUGGCUUGGCACAUCAGAAAACCCUGGACUUGUUGCCAUGUGCCUGGGAGGGAUUGGAUAAGGCCAAAACUGUUGGACACCUGCCCUUUCUCAUGGACAUAAACUGGCAGGAUUCCUGCUGGGCCCACCCCACAAACCCCACUCCCUCAAGAAGGGCCAGGGCUUUAUGGAAUAAUAAUUUAAUGCUCACUGUAGCCCCGACUGAAAGUCAAGCUCAGGCACAAUUAGGGCCAUGGUUGGGCUCCCACCAAUGAAGCUACAUACAGGCAAGAAGGAGGUUGGACAGGGUGGGGGACAGGGCAAAAGGAGCUCAUAAAUAGGGCCAAGCCUCGGUCUGGGUUCAGGGGAGGUUCCAAGAUGGUGCAGGGUACAUGGGCUAGGCAGCUGAAGAGGUGUUGCUUGUAUUGGCUGCCUUCUCCCAGUCCUCUACAGACAUGAUGGUGGCUUUGCAGAAGAAGCAAUCCUUGUUGUUCAUCAGAUGCUGGUUAAUGCAGGCUCUACGACAGGGGAGGGGAUGAAGGCUGUCCUGUGUAUCCCCACUGCUUCCCCCUGCCAAGUCCAUAGGGCCCACUUACUUGCAGGACUUGUGGCCACAGGGCUGGAACACAGCAGAGAUGGGGUGGGCAUAGCAGAUUGGGCAGAGGUCUUCCUCACUGGUGGGCUGUAGGGAGGAGGGUGAAGGGUAGGCUGGGGUUGGAUGCCCAGAUGUGUGGACAUACACUUUGGCUACCAAGUGGUGUAGGCCCACAUGCUGUGGCCCCACUCACCAGGGAGGCAGCUGCUGCCUGGGCAGACGCAGAGGUCAGGUGUGCCAGCAUCUGUUCCACCUGGGCCAGCUCCUCUGCACUGAUGUAAUCUUUAUCUGGGGAGGGUAGAUGGUGUCAGGCGAAAUGUGGUCCUAGAACCUGGUGUCUCUUGCAUAUUCCCAGUCUGGGAAUUUGCUCUUCUUCAGGCUCCUGACCCAAAUCUCUUCCCUGACCCGCCCCUGGCCCACUCACAGCUCUGCAGGGAGAAGCGCUUCCGGUCAGGGGCAGGCAGGGAAGUGCCAGGUGCUGGGGGCUCUGGCUGCCCCAGGAGGUAGCAUAUAGAGCGAAGCUGGAAGCAGGGAUCAGCCAGGAGCACUGAUGUGGCUCGCUCUGUCCUAGGUAGGGGAGGGUGCAAGGGUAGUCAGAAAGUUUGGGGCUCAUCCUAAUCUCU